AUUUGUUGUGAAUAUUGUAUUUUACUGUAUUUUACAAAUCAUCAGUCAACCAUUCCAGUGUCGGGUUGUCCCUGACAGCAGGUGGAUUUGUCCUGCACCUCCUCCCCGCAGCUCCCGCCUCCAGAUGUUCGGGCUGUUGACUGCUCUGCUCUCCAUUUCGUAGCGGGGCGGACUCUCCUUCAGACGCUGAGCCGCUAACGGGACUCGGGACCGUUGGAAUAUUUACUCCCCUGAUUUUCUCCCCUCUCUGCCCGGGUGAAGUUGUUUAAGUCCCCGUUGUGAGUGAGUAUGACUGCUGCGAUGGCGGACGGCUGUUUUCUGACCGCGCUGCAACCGAACUCCUCCUGUACCGCCUACGUGCUGCCCUCGGACGGGCAGUCCGCGGACCCGCUGGCCAAAGUCCGGAGGGUCCAAGAGCAGGUCCGCAUGCGACUGGCCGAGAGGAAGUCCUCCUCACUGCCCAGGCUGGGCAACUCACAGUUUGGGCCAGCAACAGACUGCAUUCAUCCUGAAGUAAAAAGUUUUCCCCAGGCUCACGGCUUCAGUUCUAGGUCCAUGAUAAGCACACCCACUCGUCCCAUGGCUGUGUCUGCAGUGUCAUCUCAGGCCUCUGGGAUGUCUGGCAGCUCUCAGGUCAGGCAUAAAGAAAGCGCCUCCAUCCAGACCAGCUUCUACACCUCUCACAUGCAAAGUCGAAGCCAACGCUCCAAGUCCCUGUGCCAGGAUGACCACAGAGCGCUACCUCUGGCCCGUCCACUCCACCCAGAGUCUUCCUCUGUGCCCUUCAGUGUUCCUCCACCUGGAAGCCUGAGGCGGUCCCUGAGCGGGGUCCUGGCCCAGGAGAGAGGGCCCUGGCAGGAGGAGGAGCUGCCCUACCAGUACACCUAUAAAGGUCCGUCUCAUCGCAUCAUCAACAGAAUCACCAACAGACAGCAGUACUACCAGCAGCACAACUCUGCGUUGGGGCCGGAGGGGAACGGCCGGGGCUUCACCAGUGCUGGGGACAGCAUGACAGGGCAGUGGCAGCAUCAUGCCUCCAGGACCAACCAGGCCACGGCCCAGUACACCCAACUGCACCGGGCCGCCUCUCUGCGCUCUCUGAGGAGCGUCGGCAAGGGAGCAGACAUCAUGGAUGCCGCCUCCAUACACAGCAACGAUCCUCUGGCAGAGAUGCAGAGCAUUGACAUGCCCACAGCUGUCAGAUAUCUUUCUGAACCAAAUACUUCUCUGCAAGUUUUGGGAGCUGCUUAUAUACAACACCAAUGUUACCAUAGCAACAAUGCCAAGAAUCAGGUCCGUGCUUUGGGUGGCGUUCCUGCGCUGGUGCAGCUUUUCUCCAGUGACCAUUUAGAGGUGCAGCGCUAUGCUACAGCGGCUACACGAAAUCUUAUAUAUGAGAAUGCUGACAACAAGGCGGCCCUGAUAGAGGCAGGAGGACUGACGGCUCUGGUCAACAUCCUGAGCCAACACGACGAGGAGCUGUGGAAGACCAUCACAGGUGUCCUUUGGAAUCUGUCCUCCAGAGACAACCUGAAGGAUAGGCUGGCUGUGGAAGCGUUGCCACUUCUGACUGAGAAAAUUCUGGUUCCACUUUGCAAGAGCAUCCCUCUGAACCCGUCUGAGAGAGAGAUCUUCAACAAUACCACUGGCUGCCUCAGGAACUUGAGCUCAGUAAAUGAGAGAACGAGACGGAAGAUGAGAAGCAUGCAGGGUUUGGUGGACUCUCUGGUGUGCUACAUUCAGCUGGGGGAAAGAGGAGAUGAUAAGGGUUUAGAAAACUCCUUGUGUGUGAUGAGGAAUCUAUCGUACCAGCUGUACGUGGAGCUUCCUCCGUCAGUCCGCCUCCACCUGGAGGGCCCAUCCAGAGCUUCAGCCUCCAGAACUGAUGAGAUGAUUGGCUGUUUCACUGUGCAGAGCAAAAAGAACAAUGAGCUUCAACACAGGAAUCUUCCAAGACUGUCACACCCCAAGGACUCUGAGUGGCUGUGGCACCCGAAGGGCGUGGCCCUCUACAAGCAGGUCCUGCAGAACAGUGAAGGCAGCUCAGCUACAGUGGAAGCUGCUGUUGGAGCCCUGCAGAACAUCACAUCUGGAGAAGGACGGUGGCCAGCGGUGCUGAGCGGUGUGGUGAGUGAGCAGGAGAGGAUGGUCCCCAUGCUGCUGGAUCUGCUGGACAGCAGCAAUGAGAUGCUCCUCAGGCCGCUGACCGGCCUCCUCAGGAACCUGACCAGGCACGCUACAGACAAAGACCACAUGGCUAAGAUCAUGGUGAGCGCUCUGGUGUCCAGGCUGCCUGCUGACGGCCUGGAGAAGACCCCGUCCAGUGAGGUGGUGGUCAACAUGUGCGGGGCCCUGAACCAUCUGGUCACCUGCAGUUCUUUAGCAGCCCGAGAUAUUGCCUACUUCAAUGGUCUUCCUAAGCUGAUGGGCAUAAAGACGUCACAUGAUAACAGCUCCGGGAGCCUCCGGGCUGCCAGGGCGGCCUCCACCGUGCUCUGCAACAUGUUCCAGUACAACAAGCUGCACAGAGAUUACAAACUGAGAGGAUUUACACGACAGAACUUCGUUGAUUCCAACUUCUAGUCUCUGUUUCCUCUCAGCGUGAAUUCUGCAGUGAGGAGAAGGAGGCGAACGGACCGACCAGAACCAAACACAGGAGCUGUUAUUCCUCCAUUUGGAACUGUUUGACUGAUUUAUGCCUGCGUUGUGUUUUUGACAGUCACAUGCAGCUGGUUUAUUUUAGACUGAUUCUGACAUAACAUAUGGUUUAUCCCUGACAGAAUAGAUUCAGACUUAAUGUUGUUAAGACAUACCGACUGCAGCGCCCUGUUAGUGUGUGAAUCAAGUUGCCCGUUUAACUGUUGGUGUUGCGCACACACAUUUUAAACCUAAUUCUGAUUCAUCUCAUUUCUUUCAAAUGUUUCUUAUUGUUGAGGCUAUUGAAAGCUUUACACAUUAUCACACUUCUCUUUGGAAGCUAACGUUCUGCUCAAGCUCCCAUCAGAGAAGAAGAAACCUGCUAGAUGCAGUAGUUUUUAAAAGAUUUAUCAAGACUAUUUAUGAAUAUUUUUGCCCCUUUUUGAGGAGUACAUUUUUGUCUUUUUUGAAGUAAGAUAACAGAGAAGAUCUGCAGCUGGAUUUGGCAUGUAUGUAGGUAGAUAUGUUCAAAUUGGAUAUUUAACAUGGAAUUGCUCCAGAACUCUGAUGACUUGUAUGUGUUGAACACUUUACUUAGUGUCUUCAUACUUCAACUUCAUUGUUGCACUAUUUCCUCAUAGCAGUGUGAAAGAUGAGGUAAGAGCCAAUGAGGUUCCUCCCUUUGGAUUCCCGUCUCAAAGAGGAAUGCUGAGGAGACGUAACAUCCCGCCAAGCACUCAGUGCGUCAUGUCAUUUUCAGUCUCACCUCUGGGGGUCACUGUUUCAUUUACUUUGGGAUUUUAGCUCCUGAUGUCAACAACGGUUAGAUAAUAUAAAUGAAUGAAUAUAAAAGAAACACAUUGACGUUAAUAGUCAUGGUUAAACCAGCGCUUGUCACAAGUUUUAAUAACAAGCUAAAGCUCCACCAAGUUGACAGAAUUUCUUAAACACAACAGGACUUGGACUAUUUUCUGUUUUUUUGUGUUUUGUCAUUACAAACAUAACAAACUACAUGAUUGAUUGAUUCAUGGAGUCAGUGUACUUAUGCAUUCUAUUAUGUUGAAGUUUUUACAGUUGAAAAAUGCAUUAAGAGUAGAGGCUUCUAAAUCUGACCUCAAGAUCCAACAUGGCUGCCUUGUAUAAAACCUACUCAUAUCUGCAAUAAAAAGAAAUGUUUAUUUGGAUUAUGGUGCCCCCUUUUGUGAAUAUGUUGCUAAAGUUUGAAAGUAAAUCACAUAGAAAUGUUAGUUACUGCUGUUAGCUACUAAUAAUACUGUUGCUCAGCAUUUUCAGAAAACUUGUUCCCAAGAAAGCCCUCGGCUCAUUGCUGGUAAGGAAAUCUACAAAGUAACAAUAACUGGGUUGGGUUUUGGACUCUGUAACGGUUGGUGUUUGUUAGCUCUACAUUACAGUUCAUGCGUUUGCAUUUACUAUAUUUCCUCUGAGUCAAAUAGUACUGUCCUGUGGUGGGAUUAGAUUACAGGGACAACUGAUCAGUUCUGAUUAAUAGUUACAUUACAGACACUAAUAUUAUAUACCAGUAAAAGCUCCUACUCCAGAUUAAGAACUAAAAAGUCCAUCCAAAAGCAGAAAAAAAAACAGCUGCAGGCUCUGAUUUGGAAACAUUGAAAUGAGUCGCUACUAUACAUCAUGUGACUGACAGUAAAAACAACUUUCACUUUAAGUAUUCAGUGUUUUUAGGUAGUUCAGUCUAACAUUAAACAUGUUGAGGCCUCCAACUUCUAUGUAACUUUGUCACAAUUCAAACUUUUUGUGUUAUCACGAAUAAUUCAGCAAGGAAAUGCGUGAAUGUGUCGCUACCUGUACUAUGAAUGAGUGGUUCGUGUUUAAUAGAACUCUCUCUGUGCUGAAUAAACAAACUGAAAAGUAAAAUAAUACAAAGUACCUUUACAUAAUUGAAUUAUUAAUCCUGUUUGACAUCAUCUCACCUGAUAUGAUUGUAACUGUCUGUCACCUGUUCAACAAUUCAGCUGUUCCUGUUAAACUGGUUUGAUCAUGUAGCAAUUUCCAAUGUAGUGAAGUUUAGAAACAGUAAAAAUAAUAAUUUUAAUAAAGGUUGAUGAAUUGUU